ACGCCUUGGAGUUCGCAGCGAUGGAGGUUGGCAGCGAUGGUCGAUACGUAUACUUCCGCGUCAUAUUUGCUAUUUUUCUACUUCAUCGAACUCAAGGAUGUCAGGACUCUCCUGUUGGUAUAGCAGAUAGUAGUAUCAUACCAGAUGACAGCUUUACAGCAUCUUCAUCUUAUGACAAUAGACAUGUUGCAAAGAAUGCACGUCUGAAUGAAGUGAUAGGGAGGGGAUGGGGACCAAACACAAACAUCGACCCUAACGACUAUCUACAGAUAGACUUGGGUGAAGUGUUUGCUAUUUGUGCUUUGGCUACACAAGGUUCGUCUGGAUACACUGAAUGGACUACUCAAUACAAGAUAUCAACAUCCGUUAAUGAGAGCACGUGGACAAAUUACACAAUUGAUGGGAAAGUUAAGUUGUUUCCUGGUAAUACAGAUAGUAAUACUGUUGUAAAGAAUGUCCUAGAUUAUCCAGUUCUGCUCAGAUACAUCAAAUUCAUACCUACAGCGUAUAAUACGCAUAAAGUACUUCGUGUGGAAGCGUAUGGUCUUGGGAGAGGUUUGUUGUGCAGCUCUCUACCAGUUGGUAUUGGCAGUGGUAAGAUACCAGACAGAAAUAUGACGUCAUCAUCAGCUUACAACAGCACCACGUCACCAUCCAAGGGAAGACUAAACUACACAGCAGGGUCAUCAUGGUGUGCUGCUACAAUUGACUCUUCUCCAUAUUUACAGAUUAACUUAGGAUCGCCUUACAUCAUUUGUGGUAUAGCAACACAGGGUGACCACAUGACAGAUCAGUGGGUACAGUCUUACAACAUGCUCACAUCAAAUAAUGGGUCUACUUUUACUAAAUACGUGGAAAACAGCCAAGUGAAGUCCUUUGCUGGUAACUUCGAUUCUAAUACUGCUGUCAAGAAUCUCUUGUAUGACGGUACUGUUAGUCAGUACAUACGUGUUGCACCCACAAGUCAUUUUGGGAGUACAAAUUGCAUGAGAACAGAACUCUAUGGAAUAAAACACGAUGGAGGUUGUACAUUCAUGUUUGUUGGUUUGUCAUACCCUAGUAUCAUACCAGAUCACAGGUUUACUGCCAGUUCAUAUUAUGAUGACCGUUAUAAACCAAGCUUUGCAAGACUUAUGACAUUUAGUAAAGCCGCCUGGGGACCACUAACAAACUCUGGUGGUGACUGGCUGCAGAUAGACCUUGGUCCGGUGGUGUAUGUGUGUGCUGUGGCUACUCAAGGUGCUGGGGCUCUUAAUGAUGAAUACGUAACAAGAUACAAGAUAAAAGUGUCCUUGGAUAAUGUGAACUGGAAUUAUUACCAGGAAAAUAAAGAUGACAAGGAAUUUCCUGGAAACACAGAUCGCGCUGCAAUUGUAACAAAUAAACUCAGAAAUCCAGUUAGGGCAAAAUUUAUACGAUUCUAUCCUACAGACUAUAGUACCUAUCCAACAAUGAGAGCUGAGGUUUAUGGGAUUCCAUCAGCUUGCAAUUCUCCUGUUGGACUUGAGACAUCUGGAGUCAUUCAAAACAGUCAAAUGACAUCUUCAUCUCACCUUUACAACACCCAUACUGCAUCACAUGGUCGUCUCUAUGGCAGCAACUCAUGGUGUAGUAGCACGUCGUCUAACACUCAGUACAUACAGAUUAACCUGGGACGAUUAAUGACAGUGACAGGUAUAGCAACACAGGGUGACCAAACCAUGGAUAAGUGGGUUACGAACUACACUAUCAGUUACAGUAUGGAUGGUAAUCUGUGGAACACCUACAAAGCUGGAAGCAACCGCAAUGAGAUAUUUCAAGGCAAUAGUGACAAGGAGAAUGUAAGAGUACAAUGGCUGAGUAAUCCAAUGACAGCCAGGCAUGUUCGAGUUACACCACAGACAUGGAAUACUGCUAUAUGUAUGAGAAUAGAACUGUACGGAUGUGACUAUGAUUACCCAUUGACCCUAGCAGCACCAACAGUCCAUGAUAUUAAUUCGACAUCAGUAACAGUAAGAUGGAUCCAACCUGCGCUGAACGCAUCCCAGGCUAGUGUGACAACAUACGUGUUACAAUACCAGAACAUUACACAUACACAGACGAUAAGUGUGUCAGCUCCUGCAACAAGUCACGUGAUAACUGGUCUCGCUAUCUAUACUAACUACAAUGUUAAAAUAAUAGCGAUCAGUAGAAUUGGUUCUGGACAAUGGAGUGCGACCACAGACUUCAGAACAAAUUCAGCUUUACCUGUUGGAUUCCCAUAUUCUGUUGCAGCUGUGUCCAAAACAUCUCAAAGUAUCCAUGUUACUUGGCAGGCUCCUACUUYUGGAAUCAAUGGUCCUUUCCUUGGAUACAGGGUAUUGUGCAGAUCAGGAAAUGAGAGACAUGAAAAUACUUCUCAACAAACAAGUCACACGUUCAGAGGUCUGAGACAGGGGACAGUGUACAACGUCACAGUGGUCAUACGUAACGAUAAGGGAGAUGGUCCUAUCAAUGGUUAUGUGCGUAUUCAAACAUUACAAGAUGAUUACCCAAUGACCCUAGCAGCACCAACAGUCCAUGAUAUUAACUCGACAUCAGUAACAGUAAGAUGGAUCCAACCUGCGCUGAACGCAUCCCAGGCUACUGUGACAUCAUACGUGUUACAGUACCAGAACAUUACACAUACACAGACAAUAAGUGUGUCAGCUCCUGCAACAAGUCACGUGAUAACUGGUCUUGCUAUCUAUACUAACUACAGUGUUAAAAUAAUAGCGAUCAGUAGAAUUGGUUCUGGACAAUGGAGUGCGACCACAGACUUCAGAACAGAUUCAGCUUUACCUGUUGGAUUCCCAUAUUCUAUUGUAGCCGUGUCCAAAACAUCGCAAAGUAUCCAUGUUACUUGGCUGGCUCCUACUUCUGGAAUCAAUGGUCCUUUCCUUGGAUACAGGGUAUUUUGCACAUCAGGAAAUGAGAGACAUGAAAAUACUUCUCAACAAACAAGUCACACGUUCAGAGGUCUGAGACAGGGGACAGUGUACAACGUCACAGUGGUCAUACGUAACGAUAGUGGAGAUGGUCCUAUCAAUGGUUAUGUGCGUAUUCAAACAUUACAAGAUGGUGAGUUGCUUGAGAUAAGGCUACAUAUGAAUCUGCACUGCAUAUUAUCGACUCUUUUAUGCAAGUGUCUAUAUGCACCUUCACUAACAAUAUCACAAAUGAUUACACAGACGUUAUUAGUCGGGCUACCUUUGGUAGGCCGACUGUAGGUUUACCUUUUCUAUCUUCACGUCGCGAAUGUGCCAUGAAAACGAGGCAACCACGUGAUUAAAUGACAUCAUAAACCUAAGAGCCACGGGGUUAAGGAAACCAUAUCAUGCUUUCUUCGUUUCAAUUUACCUUCCAUUAGCAGCGACCACGUACUGGUUUUCUAGAAUUUGACACUUAUGGCGAGUACCUUUCCUUCUGUGGCGCUCCAAGUACAUAAACGCCUACACGCCGUUCGCGGUAGACCCACACUAAAAGUUGUCGAGCGUCAGUUUCGAAACGAGUCGUUCAGCGAACUUAAAAGCAAAACUAUGUACUCAAACGAAACCCAAAUAAACUCAAAUCUACCGAAAUUAUCAGAGGUUAUUCAGAGGGACUUGACUCUUAACCGUUUAGUAAGCAGGGGCUUUGCUGGCUACUCUGAAGAUGAGAGAGACAGAGAAAAUAUCUCCACCGCCAACAACGAUAUGGGCGCCAUAUUGGAAUUCUUCAACUUAUUAAAUAAACAUCGAAGAAGCCUUGCACUUAAUAUACUAGCGAUAACUUUGCUAUGUAUUAUUUCGUUUUCGUUUAUAAUGUUGAAUAGUGUGUGGUUUGUUCAAAUUUGCAUCAUAACGAGCGUGUUAAUAGUUGUUUUGUACAUAUACGUGGCUCUGUUUGUACACCAGUUCAUAAUAACAACAAAGACUAUGAUAGAUUCUAUAGAAAAUGACUGUGAUGAAUGGUACCUUAGGGGAUUUUUUUGUAAUUUUAUGAGCACAUAUUUUCCCCCAAUCAUUUACAGAAUACAGAAUACACCUACAUUCAAUCG